ACGAAACAAAAAAUAAGUAAAAACAACAACCCCUUCUCUAAGCUCAUUCCUUAAUCAUUUAUCUACUCUUAACAGAAUCCGAUAAACACAUACAUACAUUCUUAUCACAUAUAAUCAUGGUGGUCGAAGCUCAAAAUCCUUCUGCCGAGACUGUGUCUCGUCUGGGCAGAGUUAAAGAAAACAAGUACCAGCUUUUGUACUUUCAUAUUCAUGGCGUCGUGACGGGUCUUCGCGCUAUGUUUGCCAUGUCUGACGCUGAUUAUACAUUCACUCAUCCUGUAGAUUGGAAGGCAGAGAAGCCUAACACACCUCUUGGUGCUAUGCCAGUGCUUUACGAAACCGUCCCUGCGACAGGAGAGACCGUUGAGCUGGCAGAACUGAGCGUGAUCGAGUUUUAUAUUGGCUCAAAGUAUGGCUGGACAGGGGACAAUGUGUGGGAGAAUAACUUGAUCAGGAUGUAUCAUUCUUCGACUCAGUCCAUGUUCGAUAAACUGGUUACGACUGUCGUUAGAGCCCCUAAAGAGAACUAUGACCAAAUGAUGGAGAUCUGGGCUGGGUCUAUCUUACCAGAAUGGGUCGAAUAUCACGAGCGAGCCCUGAAGAAAAAUGGAUCGAAUGGCCAUUACGUUGGUAACAAGUUGACAUUGGCAGAUAUCAAGACUGCGACUUGCAUUGAUAAUAUCAUUACACUCACAGGCGAUCGACAUAUCUCCCGUGAGAAGACGCCAGCCAUCAUGGCAGUCUACGACCAUCUUGAAAGUCUGCCAAAGUAUGCGGAAUGGAAGGCUAGUGAGCAAUGGAAGACUUAUGCUGAGAAUAACAAGCAAUAUUGCAAUUUUUAGAAAUAGUUGUCCAAGAUAUUUUACAUCAGUCAUAAAGAUGUUGCAAGAACUUUUCUAUUCUACUUUA